AAAAAAAAAAGUAUAUCAGAAUAAAACGCAGAAAUAAAAUUGUCUAUGUAUUUUUCUAUUUUUUCGUCAGUUUGUCAUAGAGUAAAUGAUCUUCGUAAAUGUGAAAUAAAGGUUCUCUUACCUGAAAACUUAUUCAUUCAUUGUCAGAGUGCUCUAAUCGUGGAUCAUAAAUGCCACAAUAAACUCUCAUUAUACGGUCACACCAUAUAAUGCCUUACUUAUUAUGAAAUCUUUUUGGAAAACUUGUUGACCUUUUUAACUGGAGUGGAUUAUUAGUCAUACUAUUGACAAAAUAACCAACACGGUCGCAGUAAAAUGCGUACAUAUGCCGAAAUAACACAUCCUUAAAACCUCACAGUCUUAUAGGAGAGGAAAAAGUUUAUUUAAUUUAAUUUUUUUUUUUAACUUUUUCUGGAACCAUCCUGAAUGAAUAAAUAAAUGAGAAGUUUCACAGACAUCUUUAAUUAUUUUAUUAAUUCAUAUUUUAGCAGGAAUAAACUACUUUGAAUCAACUUUUUGAAACUAUUUUUGAUUUUAUAAUUUUGCGAAAGUUUAAAUAACUUACAUUGAAAUAAACCGCAGACAUUAAAAUAGGUCAAACUUAUAAAAAUCAAGUUUUUGUGUCUGCUGGGGUGUCUGGGUUUACGUAUCAGCUCGGAUCCAUACGCCCCCCUUCCUCCUUUUAGUAGACCGCAAUGAUUUAGAAGUUCAGGAAUCCCACGUGACGUCACAGGGGGGUGAUGUAAUGCUUCUGUAAAUAGAUCGUAUUGUAAUCGCGCUCCAGUCCAACGUGGUUCCUCCGCGGAGCGCCGCUCGUCCCUCUCCGCUUGUUGGUAAGACUCCGUCCGCGUUUUCAUUCACAGGAGCCGCAUGACCCGGCGUGUCCCUCCGCCGCUCCAGCCUCGCGCUUCUCCCGCUUUCAUUCAGCCUCUUUCGGUUCUCUCUUCUGGCUCGUGAGCGCGUGAACUUGUUGUUUUUUUUUUCUUUUCCGAAACGUCCCGGCUUGAGUCCCCCGCGCGGAUGAGCGCUCGUGCCUACUUGUUGAGGGGUGUGUUGCGCGUGUGUGACAGCGCUUCCUCGGUGUCGUUUGGGAGUUCAAACGGGCUGUUUUGAAGUUGGAAGCGGAUGAGUUGAGGCUGAAGCGCCGCUCCAAUGAGUUCGGCCCGGUUCGGUGCCGCUGUCAUCAGAUAUGGAAACUUUGGCAAACCGCCUGUGGAUGACAUGAAUGAGAAACAGGACAGGCCUUAUGUGUGUGGCGCUCCUGGCUGCUCUCAGCGCUUCCAGCUGGAGGAGCAUCUGAACAUCCACAGACACAAGCAUGAGAUGACUCUCAAGUUCCCCUCCAUAAAGACAGACACAGCUUUUACAGACCAGACUCCAACGCCAACCCGAUUUUUGCAGAACUGUGAAGAGGUCGGCCUGUUCAAGGAGAUAGAGGAGGAGUUCCUUCAAGCGGAGAAGGAGGAGAACGAGAAGCAAACCCUUUCCCACAAUGGGCCAUCCUGUAUGAACCAGCACCCGAUCAAACCCCAGCUUCAGCUGCAGCAGCACCCCCAGCAUCCUCAUCCUCAUCCGCAGCCGCUGCUACAGCCCCUGCAUCACCCUCAGACCCAUGGCGCCUUGAUGAGCUGCAGCCUGGCGGCCCAGCAAGCUCGGUCCUCCGCCUCUCAGUCCGAGUCCGUCGUCACGCAGACUUCUACCACGCAUUCAGGACCUGUUUCCGGGGCGCUUUCCUGCCACCUUCACAUGCGGAACCGCCACAGACAACCUCUAGCAGCUUCCCUACCUGGACCACUCCCAGACCCCGCCAUGCAAGGAGCAUCUGCUCAACACAUGACUGUUGAAAAGCAGAUGUCCUGUGCAAUGAGUAUACAGGCUCCAGUGCAUCACCCCCCCUGCUCCUCCCCCCAGAGAGUCAAACAGAUGGUGGGGCACCAUUACCAGCAGCAGCUCCCAGGAAUGCCCCCAGUCAACACCUCAUCCAUGGGUCACAUGAUGGAGAUGAUGUCACAGCGCCAGCAGGCCCCUCCCCUUCAACACCACCAUCACCACCACCCUCAUCACCCCCAGCUUUCAGCUCCACCCCUCCCAUACCAGCAUCAGCAGCGAUGUCACGCUCCGCCUCAUCAGCACCACCAGCUUCAUCAGUCAGUGAACGUACCCCAUGCUCACCAUUCACCGCCUGCACACGUGCACCAAGGCUCCCCACCCGCCCCUGCACUGUCCGCCGCACCACAGUUAUCCCCACUUGCACAACAGCCACCACACUCCCAGCAUGCACUGCAAGCAGCAGGAAGCUGCAGCAGCGGUGGAGGAGGCAACCGGCGCAGGCGGACCGUCGAGCAGGACCCGGACGAGCGGCGGCAGAAGUUCCUGGAGCGGAACCGGGCCGCAGCCACCCGCUGCCGGCAGAAGAGGAAACUGUGGGUGUCGUCGCUGGAGAAGAAGGCCGAAGAGCUGACGCACACCAACCUGCAGCUCCAGAACGAGGUGACGUCGCUGAAAUCAGAGGUGGGGCAACUGAAGCAGAUCCUGCUCACCCACAAGGACUGUCCUGUCACCGCUAGGCAGAGAGAGGCGCAGGGGUACCCCACUGCAGGGGUGAGUCCAGGAGGAAGCCCCACCCCUGCAGGUCCCGGGUCUCACCUGCAGGCAAUCCAACACAACAGCAUUUCCACCUCCUCGGCGGCUGGAGGCGACACCGGCCGCGGCCCCCAGCCGGGACAUUAAUCCUCCACGCACAGACUGAAUCUCAAAAUUACUGAGAACACUGAGCUUUUUUUUUUUUAAGCGCUUCUAUCAAACUUUUAUCAGAGAAAAACCCAGAAAUAAUAUUUCUAUGCAUCAGGUAUAACAAUGACCCAUUCUGUGAGCCUUUUUUUUUAAACUGUGAUGGUUGCAACUGGAUGCACAAAGUGACAGUUUGUUUUUUGUUUUUUUGUUUACAUCGCUUUAAUCACCACCUGCCAACCAUCUUGUUCUUUAUCUUGCACUAAUUCUAAAAAAAAAAAAAAAAG